ACUUCGCAAUCAAAUUUCAUCACAAUAUGCAGUGCCAAUGAACCAUUUUCUCUUUCCCCUGCAAAACCUCUUACCAACUCUAAAAAAGUCCCCAUUUCUUAUUCUUAAUCCCUUCAAAAUGACUCCAAAUGAAAACUCAUCAAACAGUAAUACAAUAAUAACCCAACUCAUCCAAAUUAUCAAAGAAAUUUCUUCAUUUUCUGAAUGCAAGAACACUUCCAAGAGAUUGUACUCCAAUUUAGUGCGCAGGGUGAAGCUGUUGAGCCCACUUUUCGAGGAAUUGGUUGAUAAAGAAGAAGAUGAAAUGGAAGUGCUCCCUGUUGACCAAGUCAAAGCCUUUGAAUCACUCUUAGUCGUCUUGAAAUCUGCCAAAGAUUUGCUCAAAUGGGUUCAGGAUUCCAGUAAACUUUAUCAGGCUGUGCAAAGGGACAAAAUCUCAACCGAGUUUCUUCAUAUAACAGGAAAAAUUGAAGAAGCACUGAGUAAGGUUUCUUAUAAUAGACUUGAUUUGUCAGAGGAAGUUCAAGAACAGAUUGGACUUGUUCAUGCUCAAUUUCGACGAGCAAAAGCCAGAAAUGAAUCCUCCGAUCUGCAAGUAGAGAUGGACAUAACAGUUGUGCAGGACGAAGAAGAGCCUGAUGCUGCAGUUCUCCAAAGAUUAUCCCAGAAUCUGUACCUUUUCACUAUGGAUGAUCUGAGGAAAGAAUCACGCGCCUUUCAUGAAAUGGUCAUCACAAGCAGUAGUGAUCUGGGUGACUCAUUUGAGAUGAUGUCCUCCCUUUUUAAGAAGCUUAACGACUAUCUGCUGACUGUAAGCCCAGAAGUUGACAUGUGUGAUGUUGAUAAAGGCAUGAUAAAGCACAGAUCUCCAGUUAUACCAGAUGACUUCCGUUGUCCUAUUUCACUUGAGCUAAUGAAAGAUCCUGUUAUUGUAUCUACAGGGCAGACAUAUGAGAGAUCGUGCAUCCAGAAAUGGCUUGAUGCUGGUCACAAGACAUGUCCUAAGACACAACAGACUCUGUUGCAUACAGCGUUAACACCAAAUUAUGUUUUGAAGAGUCUGAUUACAUUGUGGUGUGAGAGUAAUGGUGUGGAGUUGCCAAGGACUCAAGGAACACUUAAAAACAGAAGAACUAGCAACUCUGCUUCAAACUGCGACAAAGCAGCUAUUGGUGCCUUGUUAAAGAAGCUAACCAAUGGAAACAUAGAAGAGAAACGAGCUGCAGCUGGGGAAUUCCGGCUGCUAGGAAAAAGAAACGCAGACAACAGAGUAUGUAUUGCAGAGGCAGGAGCUAUACCACUGCUAGUAGAACUGUUAUCUUCUCCAGAUUCUCGGACUCAGGAACAUGCUGUGACAGCACUUCUUAAUCUUUCCAUUAAUGACAUGAACAAAAGCAUUAUAGUAAAUGCUGGGGCAAUAAGAGAUAUAGUACAAGUCCUGAAAAAUGGUAGCAUGGAGGCAAGAGAAAAUGGUGCUGCUACACUGUUCAGCUUAUCAGUGGUGGAUGAGAACAAAGUAGCAAUAGGAGCAGCAGGUGCAAUCCCAGCUUUAAUUGAUUUACUCAUUCAAGGUACCCCAAGAGGAAAGAAAGAUGCCGCAACUGCAAUUUUCAACCUUUCAAUUUAUCAGGGAAACAAGGUACGGGCUGUAAGGGCAGGAAUUGUGGAACCUCUAAUUAAAUUUCUGAAAGAAGUUGAUGGUGGCAUGGUUGACGAGACUCUAGCAAUACUAGCAAUACUUGCAAGUCAUCCUGAGGGGAAAAUUGCAAUAGGGGAAGCUGAACCAAUUCCUGUUUUAGUUGAGUUAAUAAGAACUGGAUCUCCUCGUAACAGAGAGAAUGCUGCUGCUGUACUUUGGUCACUUUGUAUGGGUGAUGUUAACCAUUUGCAACUGGCAAAGGAGUUGCAGGCUGAGCAAGUUUUGAAAGAACUUUCAGAGAAUGGCACUGAUAGGGCUAAGAGAAAGGCUUCCAGUCUUUUAGAGUUUCUUCAACGAGCCGAAGAUAUUGCUGAUUAGAACCAACAGUAACUAGUGUUCUGAAAAAUGUAGUAGCUCACUAAAAACUCUUUCCAGGUCUUUAUGGUUUUCACACCCAUGCAUAUUUGUAAAUAGAUUGUACUAGUAAUUAUACUUGUGCAUUCAACGCUGUAUUCAUCUGUUUGUAAUUAUACUUCUUUUCUGAAUAUAUAUUGUUCAACAUUAUA